AUGGAAACUCUAAGACAAAUCCGAAGUUUUGGUAUUUGUACUACCUGCACAACUGCUACAGCCUCCUGUAUGGUGUUCAGUCUUCUGGUUUCCUGCUGCUCAUCUCUGAACGUACAAGCCCGUCCAUUUAUUUCUAAUUUACCUUUCAUCUCUAUCUGGAAUGCUCCUACAGAACUUUGUGCUGAAAGGACUGGAGUGCAGCUAGACAUGGAUUUUUUUUCUCUCACUGGAAGCACAUUGAAGACAUCCAUCGGACAAAACAUCACUCUAUUUUAUCCAGAUAGGCUUGGUUACUAUCCUUACAAAAAUGAAAUCACUGGAGAGGCAGUCAACGGAGGACUUCCCCAACUGUCUGUGCUGGAUAAUCAUUUAAAAAAAGCCAAAGAGGACAUUCAGUUUUAUAUUCCUUCAGAUGAACAGAUUGGACUGGCUGUCAUUGACUGGGAAAACUGGAGACCUGUGUGGAUAAGAAACUGGGGGUCUAAAGACAUCUAUAGACAGGAAUCCAUUGAACUGGUUCAGCAAAGAGACCUAAGCCUAUCAGAAGCCGAAGCCAGGACUAUAGCUAAAAUGGAAUUUGAAAGUGCAGCAAAAUCAAUUAUGUUAGAAUCUUUAAAGUUGGGCAUAGCAAUGAAGCCAAAUCGUCUGUGGGGAUAUUACCUUUAUCCAGACUGUUAUAACUAUGAUUACAAACAAAAUCCACAUAAUUAUACAGGAACCUGUUUAGAUAUUGAAAUAGCAAGAAAUAAUGAGCUUAAUUGGUUGUGGGAGAAAAGCACUGCACUUUAUCCAUCUGUCUAUCUAGAAACAGCCUUAAGAUCUUCCAGAAAUGCCCGAGUCUUUGUUCGCAACAGAGUUCAAGAAGCCGUUAGAAUUUCAUAUGUCUCUAAUUCUACUCAUCCUCUUCCAGUUUUUGUAUAUACACGCCCAGUGUUCACAGAUGUCUAUGAAGAAUAUCUCUCUCAGGAAGACCUGGUAAAUACAAUCGGAGAAUCUGCUGCUCUGGGCGCAUCUGGAAUUGUGAUCUGGGGUGAUAUGAAUUUAACACAAAAUAAGAACACCUGUAGGACUUUGGACAACUACCUUAGGGGGACACUGACUCCUUACCUCAUCAACGUAACCAUGGCGGCAAAACUCUGCAGCCAGGUGCUAUGCCAAGACUCUGGUGCUUGUGCACGGAAAAAAUGGGAUUCCACUGACUACCUUCAUCUGAACCCAGAGAAUAUAGUCAUUCAGAUGACAAAGGAUGGAAAAUACACUCUACAGGGGCAACCAACAUUGCAGGAUCUGCAAAUGUUCAUGGAAAAAUUUGAAUGCCGCUGUUAUGCAGGGUACAGUUGCGAACCUCGAGUUGAUGUAAAUGACAUCCAUUACCUCCAUGUUUGCAUUUCAGAAGAACUUUGCAUUCACAUAUCCUCAAAUUUAUUUUCUAAUAUAGAAGCAGCUAGAGAAACGAUCCCAUCUAACAGAACUAUUUUUUCAUUUACCUCUCUGACUAAGACGACAUUAUCUACACAACAUGAAAUCAAAGAUUUCCAAUCUACUGUUGGAAAUAAUAUACCCAAUAUAACAACUACAGAAUAUAACGUCACAGCUAUCACUAAUUAUGAUUUAGAAGCAAAUCAUACUCGCAGUUUCAGUAGUUCUUCAUCAAAUAAGAUAAGGCUAUUUAAUUUGUUUUAUUUAAUUCCCAUUUUGAGCAUCUUAGUAUAA